AUGACGGCAACUCACCAAACUUCCGAGAACGAGAAUACGUCUGCAGUCGUUUACCAGUACAUCACUGAUGAUGGGUUCAUGGUUCCCCGUUUUAAUCUCAACCUUUACCAACUAGCUCCAUACCUUGAUCAUGAUUGGUUAGAUCAGGGAAGAGGUGAACUAAUGAAACUAAUAAAUACAUUAAAGGGCCAGUUGACGCAGGAAAUAUACUCACUGAUAAAGACUAAUAUGCUAACCACGCAAUCACUCUUAAAUUGCUGUGAUAAGGUUACAGUCGCAACUGUAGAAAAUAAAUAUGUUCUAUUACAACGGCGUUAUUCUGUUGAGAAUGGUUGCGUUGUAGAUCAUAAGCGAGAAGAUUUGCCCGUUGUAGAACCUGAUAAUGUAUUUGAUACAAUUAUUGCGGCACAUUUGAUUAAUGACCAUCUUCCAUGGCGAAAGAUUCACCACCAUAUAAAGAAACUAUUUGCUAAUAUUACUCGUGAUUUUACAAAUCUUGCAGUCCUAUACUGUUCACAUUGUAACUCGGACCGCAAUAUAAAACGGUUUUUACGUUACAAACACUAUAAUAUCAACGAGAAGAUAAUGCCUUUGGAGCGGUGUCAUAUUGAAGUCUUUGCACCUUUUAACGACGAUGGUACGGAAAAGAUUGAAGGCAAAUAUAGCCAUGUACUUUACUGUAGAGAUUAUCACUCGAGAUUUGUGUGGAUGUUGCCCUUGGAGGGCAUUACCUUACGUGACCUGGUACCCGCAGUUACUACUUUGCUUUGUACUAUGAUCAGGAUACCAAUAUUUAUAGAAACUGCUACACUUGACAGGCAAGAUAUGUUUGACCUUUUAGAACAUAUAGCUAAAAAAUAUAAGUUGAAGAUUGGUCUUGGAAUAAAUAGUGGGACUGACUUUCAAAGAAAUGGGGUAACCAGAGCAAAAAGCCUUUUUGCUGAAUAUAAAGACGAAUGUAAAGACGAUUGGAACAUCUGUUUGAGGCUGAUUAUAAAUCGGUUAAAUCAGGUUUAUUCUGAUAGAGCAAGAGGUAUUCCAAGUGAUUUACUAUGUAAUCAAGUCUCAAAUAUUGCUCAAAGAUUCAAACUUAAACAACGUAAAAUCAUUGAUGAGCUGUUUGCCGAUAACGUUGUACAAUUUAAAGAAGGAGGUGGAAUGAUAUAUCUAGAGACCCAAAAUAGUAUUCCAAUCGAUGAUAACAUGGAAUCCGAGAAUGAAGCUUCCUCAUCGAGUGCCACUGUUGGACGAAUUGAUUAUACGCUCCAGGAAAAAAGAAAAUUCCAUGAAGCUGAUGCAAAGGCCGAUAAUGAAGCUACAAGGGAAUCGAUCAAAAAGAGAAACAAGAAUAACGAUGAGAAUAAAGCUGCUUCUCCAACCGAACAGUACGAUGACUUAACGUUGUCCUCUCCACCACGUGAGACUAUAAACGGUGUGAAUUAUGAAGCUUCACAACUGCAAGGGCCUGGAAGCUCAUUUUUGAAGAAUGUUUCUGUAGAAAGAGAACUCAAACAUGACGAGUCUUUAGUAGAUUUGUAA